CCCAAAUAUCUGUCCAUCUGGUCACUGUGAGUCUGAGCAAAGACAUGGUUUUACUUGGGCAACAUCAAUCCAGGAAAACAAACACCCCCUCUUCACUCACAAUCUCAAGCGUGUGAAUAACACUAACCAAUCACAUGCCAUUAUAGCAUGACAGUGUUUCCAAAAGCAUCAAACUACAAGUGUUAUUGAACAAGUAGUAAUAAUUCUGUCUGCCCUUUACAGUUUUCCAUCUCAAGGCUCAAGACACAGUUUGGUAUCCAAAACAGAAAAUUUACCAAAGCAAACCCAAUAACCCAGAAACCGAUGGAAGAGAGACAAAUCAAAGGUUAAAGAAAGAAAAAUCAAAGCUUUGAAAGAAACAUGGAAAGUCAAGAAGAGGUAGAGGCUACAAGAAUACAGCAGCAGCAACCAUCAUCAACAUACAGUUUAUUCAUAACAGUUAUGAGCAAAAGGAGAACAUGGGUAUGUCUUUUUGUGUUAGUAUAUACAAUCCUUUUAUCAUCUUCAUGGAAUUUACUUAAAUCCGUACUUUCUUGGUACAAAGAACAAUCCCAAGUUGCCACUUCUUCUGGGUGGCCUGCUUUAUAUGCAUCAGUUCUUUUAGGUGCAGUUUUUGGACUUCUUUCGAUGGUUGCAGCUCUUGCAGUUGCUGUACCAGCAACUCUGGUUAUAUGGAUCACUGUUGUUGUGUUAUUAGCUUUCUUUGGGAAGCCAAGAAGGGCUUUGGUUAUUGAAGGGAGAAAGAUUACAAGAGAAAUUAUUGGGUUUGUUUUCAAGAUCUUGUUAAAAGAAGGGAAUUUUGUUGCUGCUGUUUGUGCUGUUCUUGGUUACUUUGCUCUUGUUAGAAGGAAUUAUGAAGCUGAUUGAGUUCAUUAUAUUGUCAAUUCUCUUGGUUCUUACAGAUGGGAAUCAAUUUGUGUUUGAUAGUUUUUAUUUUAUUUCUUGGGUUUAGAAUUAGGGUAUGAGUUGGUAAAGUUUUUAAGGUUGAUCUGUAACAAAAUUACUAGCUUUCUAAUUCUACUGCAAUAUGCUCUUUCUAAUUA